AUGCUGUCCACCGUUCCCCUCAAUGCAGGACGGAGGCGCGUAUUCGGCUCCGUGUUCUCGCCGUCACCCGCCCACUCGCUCAAGUCGGACAACCCCGUCACCUCGUUCGAAUCGACCGACUCAUCGUCCACAGUCAAAGCGGACUCGCAGUCAAAUUCAUUCGCGACCAUCGGCGGGUCGACAGACACUGCAUCUGCAGAUGAAGAAAUUCUAGAUCAUGCGCGCGCCGCGGCAGCUGAAUUUCUUUCUGUGCCGAAUCUAGGCUUUGAACUCCUCUACGCUUAUCGCGACACUGAUGGCAGUGAGUUACUGAAGGAAUGGGACAGACUUGCCCCGCCCUCAAAAGAGUGCGCGGAGGCACUGGAAUAUCUGAUGCGGACAUCUCCAUGGACGUUGUUCGAAUGGUAUGGCAACGACAUCAGACGGCAUUUCCUGAUGAACUUUCGAUCCGGAUUGACCAAGCUAUUGGCUUCUCCUGAGAAGGACGGUCUCUUGCGCAUUAUCGUGGAUUGCUUACAGCUCGCGCGUCGGAUCUACCUCGCCCCCGUCCUACAUUUCCUCGUUCCAUUGACUCCCCACCAGGGGGCCUACCUUGGUCAAUUGCAGCGCGCUUUUCAUACAGUGGUCUCAUACAGUUUACCGUGGCGGGAGGUUUCAAAACUUCUUGCCAGCGAACUCACACGCGACGCCGUGGUGAUCCUGGGCAUUGACACGCUAGAUGAGGCCUUCGAUGCGGAGAUUAGCGAGGACGAAAUGGAAGUGGAACGAUCAUACUCUGUCUCAUACAAAGAUUGGAGGGAAGAAACACCGGAAGCCCGCGAAAACCUAAUGGCCGAGGGCGAAGAUCACCGAGUAACUAUUGCCCGGGACCAAUUGCUAGCGUUCCUGAACGGCCUUCAGCUUGUUGGGCUUGGUGCAGACAAGGCCCAGAAGGUGUUUGCGGAGGUGAUGAACAUACUCAUGGGAGACUUCAUUCAAGCUGCAUACGCUGGUGAGUGGGAGGCGCCCUCGACUGUCCCGCAGCACUUGGGCCAGUGGAUUGAGAAUGUCUACGCACGCCUUGCGGUCCAGGUGCUGUCCGUCAUCCAUUCCGAUGUCGAAUCCAGGACCAUGGAUGUGAGCUUUGGCGACGUUGAAAAGUGGCGGACGGUAGGCAUCGCCCGGCUUGGAAUGCUUCGAGUCAGCGAACUCUUCGAUGUUGUCGUUGACUGGCCUGCGAGCAGUGGAGCGGUGGAAGAUCUGCGACACUUCGUCACUCAGACCAAGCCACGGGCGUAUGUGACGCAUUGGUUCUCAUUGAACCUACAACAGAGACUCCUGCAUCCUGGUGCUUCCACUGUCGAGAUCCUACAAGUGUAUAUCUCGGUCAUUCGGGCCUUUCAUUUGCUGGAUCCCAAUGGCGUCCUUCUGGACAGAAUUGCGCGGCCUAUCAGACGGUACUUGAGAGAUCGGGAUGACACCGUCAAGGUGAUCGUUGGUGGCCUAUUAUCUGAUUCUGAGGUGGUGGAAGGACCAGGCCCAGCUGACACGUUGGUGGAGCUGGCUAGCGAACUGACCAGGCUCAACCACCACGCCAUGCAAAACAAGAACAGCGAAAUAGACUUCGACGACAUGAGCUGGCUGCCAGAUCCCAUCGACGCCGCCCCAGACUAUCGCAAGUUGAAGACCGCCGAUGUCAUCGACAGCCUUGUCAGCUUGUUUGAUUCAAAGGAGAUGUUCGUCAAGGAAAUGCAAACUCUCCUGGCAGAUCGUCUCAUCCAAAAUCGUCGAGAUUACCUCCGAGAAACCGCGGUCUUGGAGCUUCUCAAAAUCCGCUUUGGGGACUCUGCACUGCAGGCAUGUGAAGUCAUGCUGAAGGACUUGACGGACUCCCGCCGUCUCGACCACGGCGUGAGGAACGACCAGAAGAUGUGGGGCGACCUUGAGGCCUCCCCCACGGAGCUUCAUGCCAAAAUUCUCUCUCGUUUCUUCUGGCCUGAAUUCCAGGAUCAAGAAUUCAAGGUGCCCGAUGAAAUUACCAAUCUUCAAAAAACCUACUCCAAGUGCUUCGAAAAGCGCAAAAAUUCCCGGAAACUGAUGUGGCACAACGCCCUUGGCCAAGUGACUGUCGAACUAGAGUUUGAAAAUCAUUCGUUCAGUGGCGAAGUUACAACCUGGCAAGCAACGAUCAUCUACGCUUUCCAAGACUCCACCCCAGAUUCCCCAGCAAAGAGAUCAAUUUCCGAACUCGCUGACCAGUUCGAAAUGUCCGUUCCUCUUGUCCGCAGCGCAUGUCUCUUUUGGGUUAGCAAGCGGGCUCUCCACGAGGUCACCAGAGAUACAUUUGAGGUAGUCGAAGUUCUUGAGCAUGAACACGAACACGUACCGGACUCAGAUUCCGACAGCGAAGCUGGAGAAGCUGAUGCAGCGGCUGCCGCCGAAGCAGCCGCCGCCGCUGCCGCAAAGGAGACUGCCGAAGCGGCUGCGAUGGAGAAGAUGAAUGUCCACUGGCAAUUCAUUGUCGGCAUGCUCACGAACCAAGGGCCGAUGCCUUUGGCACGCAUCAUCAUGAUGUUGAAGAUCGCAGUCCCCGGCGGGUUCCCAUUCAGCGAUGAGGAGCUGAGGGAAUUCCUGGGCGGUAUGGUUACGAAGGGCAAGUUGGAGAUUGUCAAUGGGGGCAAUUACAAGAUCGUGCAUUAA